AUGGAGUUCGCAUUUGUCGACCGCGGAGAUCAUGCCGGUUUCGAUGCAGCGGCGUGGCGCCUCCUCGGUAAGAAGCAGGCUAUGCGCAUCGCAGAGGGCGAGAGCGAGAUCUGGAUCACCCUGGGGGUGCGCUACCACAAGAAGUUCUGGCGCUUUAACGCUGCGCUGCCGCCAGCCCCAGGCGUCGUGACGCGGCUGCCAGUGGACUUCCGAAUGCCGCGCGUGCUCACGCGGUGCGUCGACGCGAUCGCCGUGGACGUCGAGCUGCUCUUCGCAGACGUCGAGCGCGAUGAAGCCUUCUUGAAGAUCUCUAAUGCGAACACCAGAGCUGUUCUCGUCGACUGCCUGGCGGUGCCGCUGUCGUCGACGGUGCAGAUGGCGACGGGGGGCAGUAAUCGCCAUCGCUCGAGCCUCGAGGUGAAGCGCCAGAUGCGCCAGGAGCUGACGGCGCCAGAGUACCAGGCGAUCUCGUGGGAGGGGAUCAACGAUGCACCCAGCCGCCAGCACGUGAAGAUUUCAACCGUCUUCGGCUACAAACGCCCGCGCGUGAUCCCGCAGCGCGUCGACCCGAUCGCCGUGGAUGUCGAGCUGCCCGACGCGAUCCCCGAGCUCGAUGAGGUUUUCCUGAUGAUCUCCAACGCGAACGACGGAGCUGUCCUCGUCGACUGCCUCGCGGCGCAGCUGUCGUCGACGGUGCAGAUGGUGAAGCGCCACAUGCGCGAGGAGCUCUCGUUGUCUCAGUGCCAGGGGAUCACGUGGGAGGGGAUCAACGACGCGCCCAGCCGCCAGAACGUGAAGAUGUCCACAGUCUUCGGCUACAAGCGCCCGCGCGUGCUCCAGUGA